AUGCUUGCUGGACUUAUCUGGACUGGAACUUUGAGUUUCCUCGCCAGUGCCGACGAUUUUCGUCCUACGUUUCAUUUCGUUCCGCAGCAGAACUGGAUGAACGAGCCCAAUGGCUUGAUAAAGAUUGGAUCAACCUGGCAUCUCUUCUUCCAGCAUAAUCCCACCGCCCCUGUCUGGGGUAAUUUGGUCUGGGGUCAUGCAACCAGUACCAAUCUGGUCAAUUGGGAGCAUAAACCAGUCGCACUCGGAAACGAGAAUGGCAUUCAAUCAUUCACUGGAACUUCCUAUUACGAUGUGGCAAACAUAUCUGGUCUCGGCACGCAAGACAACCCACCAUAUCUUGCAUACUACACGGGCUACUUUCCCAACAGUGGUGUCCAGGAUCAGCGUCUCGCGUUCAGUGUUGACCAGGGGGCCACUUGGACCAAGUUCGCCGGCAACCCGAUCAUAUCUCAGACGCAAGAGGCACCGCACGAUAUCACAGGUGGCCUGGAGACGCGGGACCCGAAAGUGUUCUUCCAUGAUGCAACCAAAAAGUGGAUCAUGAUACUUGCGCACGGGGGGCAAAACAAGAUGACAUUCUGGACAUCUUCUGAUGCGAAGUCUUGGACUUGGCAGAACGAUUUCACCUUGGGUGAUGUCCCGGGACUUCCAAGUGAUGUCAAAGGCUGGGAAGUUCCUGACUUUUUCCCACUCGCUGUCGAGGGAUCUACGGAUAAGAAAUGGGUUAUGCUCAACACUCCUGCACAAGGAUCACCCGCCGGUGGCAAUGGUGUCUUUGGAAUCACUGGAUCGUUCGAUGGCACUGUCUUCAAAGCGGAUCCGGUUGAUCCAGCUACAAUGUGGCUUGACUACGGGCGGGACUUCGACGGUGCUUUGAGUUGGGAAAACGUACCCGCAGCUGAUGGCCGCAGAAUAAUCUCCUCGGUGAUGAAUAGCUACGGUGACAAGCCACCGACGAAAACGUGGAAGGGCAUGCUUUCAUUCCCACGCACAUUGAAGCUCAAGAAGAUUGGUGAGAAACUGCGGUUUCUUCAGCUACCAGUCGAGGAGCUAGGUGCGGCCAGCACUUCGGUCACACGUCUUACGAACCAGACCCUCACGUCUCAGCAAACUUUGCUAUCAGAUGUUCACGGACGGGCAUUGGAUAUCCGCAUUUCUUUCAUUCCAAGUGCGGGCUCCAAGCUAUCUCUUUCGGUCAGAAGAGGCGGGUCUGAAGAGACUGUGAUCAGCUACGCUCAGUCCGGUGGUAUUUUGUCGGUCGACCGUCGCGCGAGCGGUGAUAUCUCCUGGGACCCAGCUGCAGGUGGUAUUCAUUCUGUUGCUUUAUCACCUAAUGCAAGCGGUGUAGUGCAUCUACGGGCUCUGGUGGAUGAGUGUUCUGUGGAGGUGUACGGCGGAGAGGGUGAAGUCGUGAUUUCCGAUCUUAUAUUCCCUGCAACUGCUUCCGAUGGCCUCUCUUUGACUAUUUCCGGAGGAGAUGCGGAUUUGCACGAAGUGCAAGUUCUUAAGGUUUCAUUGUAG